UGUUUGUGCCGUUCCAUUCCACAUUGGAGACACUAAUAAGUCAUCAGGUUCAGUCUGAUGUCAAACCCCAGAUUCCUGUGGGAGUGUGUCUAUCCUUAUACACAGUAGUAUGAUCAUCAAAUCUAUGGAAUGGUUCAUUAUCACUUAUUUCUGCCACUGAAUUCUGCUAAGUAAUCCCACUCUAUCACCUUGCUCCUGUAUUCCUAUAUAGCGAUGCUUUCUCAGCUAUUUUAUUUCGACUCAUGCAUGUUUAGCUGUAGGUGCUCACCCGGCUGCCAGACUGACUGCUAUAUAGAAAAAAAGCCAUCAAGCACUGCCUACAGGUCUAAAGGAUCCAAUGCAUGUUUGAAGGUUUGCACAACGUCUACUAAGGUCCUUCAGAUAAGAUGUAAAUCGAGGUCUUACUGUAAGUGACUGCAGUUGCAUAGUCCACCCCCUUACCCCAAGUUUAUGUAAAUCGCGUUGUACUGCUAAAUGACUAACAAUAAUACUUGUAAUAAUCCCUCCCCCCCCGGACACGGGUUCUGAAGAACAGUUUAAUGUUAAUAAUAACACUGCGCCUUUAAAUACAAAACAAACGGGCAUGAUUGUUUUUACCUCAAUCUGGUGCAUUGCUUAACACGGGCUGGAGGCGGCGACUGGAGGCGCUCGGUCCUUUGUCUCCAGCAUAAAUAAAUAAAUAAAUGAAUGACCGAAUUGGUAAUCUGAAGGUUUGGUUGCAUUCGAGAAUAAAGAAAGAACCGCCGCGGGAUUUGAAUAUUACAGAUUGCUGCACCAGCGGGUUUUUUUUUUUUUUUUUUUAUUGAAUUGAUUUAUUUAUCAGAAGAACCGCUGCACGGUUAAAACGACUCAACUACCAGCUGUCUUGAAUCACACCAUUGCAGAAUUGCAUUACGCGGGGAAACCCAUACGGCGUGACUGAGCAAUGAGGCUGGGAUACUGUGUCUCGCACUAGAAAGCAACCUUGUUAUGUCCUGAGAGGCACGGAGCUGGAUAGCUAACAGCGGCUAAAACGGACCGCCGCCUGUUGCUCGUCCUUUUCUUUUAAAAACAGGUUUUCUAAAAUGGGAAGACCACCUCAAGCGGACGGGAAUAUCAGCGUCAGGGCGGUGGAGCCCAUGCCCGGCUAUGCGGAUCUGAUAACGAGGAGCUGUUCCGCUUUGCUCCGUGCCUUCAGCGAGUGCAGGGGCUGCGGGUUUGAGCUGUCUAAAAGGACAUUUUUGGAAAACGCCAUCUUAACAUGGAGCGACGUGCUGCUGUUUGUGGUGUGCGCCCUGGGGUGGACGGUCCUGCGACGUGCGCUUUCUGCGUAUAUAUUCCGGCCGCUGGGACGCUGGUGCGCUCUGCAGCCCAAGGAUGCGUCUAAAAUGCCAGAGAGUGUGUGGAAACUGCUCUUCUACACGGCAUCCUGGUCCUACAGCGUCUACCUGCUCUUCUUCACACAGUACACCUUCUUCCAUGACCCGCCUUCCGCCUUUUAUGGCUGGAAGCAGGGGAUGGCGGUGCCCACUGACAUCGCGGUGGCCUACCUGAUCCAGGGCAGCUUCUACGGGCAUGCGAUCUACGCCACGCUGCACAUGGACACCUGGAGGAAGGACUCGGCCGUCAUGCUGCUCCACCACGUCAUCACCCUGGCGCUCAUCGCCUUCUCCUACGCAUUCAGGUAUCACAACGUGGGAAUCCUGGUUCUCUUUCUGCAUGAUGUAAAUGACAUCCAGCUGGAGUUCACCAAGCUCAACGUGUACUUGAAGAACCGGGCCGGAGUCUACCACCUCUUCAACGACCUGGUCUCCAACCUGGGCUGUGUGAGCUUCAGCACCACCUGGUUCUGGUGUCGACUUUACUGGUUCCCUCUUAAAGUCCUCUAUGCUACCUGUGUCUCCAGCCUGCAGUCUGUUCCCAAUAUCCCUUUCUACUUUUUCUUCAACACUCUGCUGUUUGCGCUCACCCUGAUGAAUAUCUACUGGUUUCUGUACAUUGUGCUGUUCGUGGUAAAGGUGCUGACAGGGCAGAUGACGGAAGUGAACGAUGUCCGGGAGUACGAUAUCGAGGACAGCAAGAAGACCGCUCUGCACAAGAAGGAACCCGACCGACCGCAUCACAGCUCCUGGAAAGAACGGACUUGCUUGAAGAACGGCACUGUGAAGGACAAGCGCUUGAAGAACGGCAUUGUGAAGGACAAGCGCUUGAAGAACGGCAUUGUGAAGGACAAGUUCUUGUAACGGCCCCUGUAGCACCACCUUGUGGCAGGGAGCUGCACUGCAAGCCCAGAUGAUAUCCCUCCUCUGUAUCCAAGUCAAUGUAAAUAUGCUCUGCAGUUCUACACCCUUUUUUUCCUCCAAAUUGCACUAUAAAAAGUCUUGGUGUGUUUGAGUUGAUUUUCUCCUUCAAAACUGAGUGAAACUGAAUGCGGGAUUAAUCAGAAAAAAAGAUUUGAAAUCAGUAAUGUCAAUUCACUAGCCCCUCUUGCAUGAAGCGGGCUCAGGUCACAAGUGAAUUGAGUUUGCUGGUCUCAGCCAAGCCCUUCACUGGAUGUUGCAAAGCCACAGGCACAGUUCAGCGCAGCUGGCAGCCUUUUCUAGUACUGAGAAGCCUGGGACUUGACAUCAGGCAGGGUAGAGCUGCGCUCGCUGGCAGAGCUGUGAGAGGACUGCCCUAUAGCACCUACCUGCCUGCCGGCUCCAUAUACCUGGCUGAAUCUAGUGCCACUGUCUCUGUCUUAAUCCUAAAAAAAGAAGAAAGAAAACAGGGCUUACACUGCUUCUGUAUGUAAGUGAAAUUGGUGACACGUCUUAAGGUAACCUUGUUUAAGGACGGGAGAGUGAGGGCUAAUAUGACACUCUACAGUGACAUCACCUUCCCUCCACUGCACAUGAAAUCUUAUAUAGAAUUCACAAAAUCAUGUUAAAAAACACUUCUUAAACACAGUGUAUCUUACUUGCAAACUUCAGAUACCUUUUAGUAAAGCUACAGAGAGUACUGUACCUGUUUUAAAGAUGGAUCAGUGCUGCAUAGAUAGGAGUUGCUUUACUGAGCUCAAGCAAGCCCCGCUGUCUGUACUGGACAUCCUGCAGGUGAAAUUACAGCAAGCUGAACAACUCAAUUCUUUUAAGAAAGACGUUCGCUCUCCGGCUUCUUCACAAUGAAUCCUCUUGAGAAUUGAACUGAGCUGAACGCCGUGAAGCUAAUGCAGAUUUCUCCAGAGGCAGGACAGCUCUGAAUGACUGCGCUGUUUUUUACCCCACUACAGUAUUGCAUGCAGCUGUACAUACCUCGCUGUUCACUUGUCAGAGGAUUCUAUUCUUUUGCAUGGUGAACAUGUUUUUGAGCAAAUGCACGCAGCGAUCCGACACGUGCGUUGAGAACGUUUCUUGAGAGCGUUUUUGUGCCUCUUCAAAAACCUUUCUCUGUUAAUGUUAAAGUCCCCUCAUUCCACAAACUGGGUUCAAAUGCAUUUUCUUGUUGCAAUUAGUAAAGCUCUUAAUUUAUUUUAACUGUAGAGUUUCUGCAAAUGUGAAACACAAAGCUCUUUACUGAUUUCGUUUUUAUGGUUAAACAUAACUUAUAAUGGAACUGGUAAGUUUUGCAGAAGUUAGAAUGCACACCAAGUUUCGCUGUACAUUUCAUAGCAUAGCAUGGGUUACAGUGAAUGUAGGAAUUAUCUGGGAAAUUGCUCUUGGUUCUGGUACAUCAACAUGAUCUGAUUUCUAGUGAUCUAAGAAGUUCCACUGUUAAUCAAAAGUCCCUUCAUAAUGUAUUAACUGGUCUGUCGAUUACAAUCAGCAACUGCCCAGACAGCAUCUUAGUAUUUAAAAAAAGUGAUACAAUAGUAGAGCCACACUGCAAUGCUCAAGGAUGAAUUAACAUACACACAUAUAUACCUACAGUGCAUGUGAAUUAUGUUAAUUCUUUUAUUUCACACUGAUCAGAGUCAGGUUUGGAAUAUACUCAUAAAGUCUCUUUAGCAUGUGUAGUUGUAGAUUUUAAUUUUUGUAUCGCUCAGUGGCUGUUUAAAGUACACCUGAACUUUUAUAAAUAUAGUAUUUACUGUAGAGCUGGUUUUAAAACACAGAUGAGAGAUUUAAAGCUCAGGAUUCGUGCCGAUCGGGGUCUGAGAGCAUAUGGUAUAAAAUCCUUUUGAAGUUCUUUUUUUUUUAAGCUUGAAAAAUUAGCAUUUUGGGGGAAAAUAGGAAUUCAUGGAAUAAACAAGAGUAAAUUAUGGGUUCUGUUUUUUUGUAUUUGGGAGAAAUCAUGUGAUUUGUAUCCCACUCGGCACUGAAUGCUUUUUUUUAAGUUUGUCUUUGGAAAGCAUGCACAAUGGCUACAGUAACAGAGACCCGUCAUUAGUAAAUAUACAGCUGUUUUCUUGUGACACACCUGCCAAUGCAGUUUGAGUUAAAACUUAGCUUAUGACAGCAAAAAAGGACCAGGCAAAUACACCUUGAGACCCCAAGAGGGAGCUGGAAUGCUUGAGGCUAUAAUGGACAUGGUUUUUGAUUUAAAAAAAAAAAAAAAAAAAACUACAGAACUCUGAAUAUUACUCCACAUUUGCAUCGCCGACCAAAAGUAUUAGUAUUUUUCACUAAGCUAAAACAUCCUUUUUUUCAUUUCUUAGAUUUUGUAUUUAAAGUCAGACGUGUUUCCAUCUUUAUUUUUUUAAAUACCAGAGUUUUGUGAAUGAAACUAGUCACAUAUUCAAUGUAGCGCACAUGCCACUCUCUCUGGUUUUUGUGGUUGGUGUCUGGACAGUGUUAUCACAGAUCUAGUUUACACGUGUUACAUUUUGCUGAUAUGUGGUUCUUAAGCUACCUGGGUACAUUACUCCUGUAACAGUUCCUGCCAGUCGUUGCGUUUGCGUGGCUGGUGUACCGCAGGCUGGAGGAUCCUGUUUCUUGCUGGCAUCAUCGUUUUCUUUCAGUGCUCUUGAACGGGUGGUGAACUCAACAUUCAUGAGCCUGAAACAGUAGGGCUCUGAUACUGUGUGAGCGACUAACUUAGCAGUGUCUGUGCAGCCUAGAUUGCUUAAAAAUAUUGUUUUUAAUCUUUUCUAUUUCCUAGUAGUAUCAAAUUAAUCUUAAAUGGAUCUGUGCAUUUGUUGAUUUUUUUUUUUUUUUUCCUGGGGCUUUUAGAUCUGCAGUUUCCAUUUGACCCCAAAUCAAGUGUUUGCAUUUAUCCACACAGAUUUCAACCCAUCACCCCUCUCCUCGUACCAGGCAAGAAACGAUGAACCCCAAUCCUUCUAAUUCUGCAUGCAUGUUCAGUGGAUGUGAAAAAACGUGUAAGAAAUUUUUUUUUGUAAUAAAAUGUAAAUGUUUAAACCACUAAAGUUUUAUCUGUUCACAAGAAUAAAAACUUUUUUUUUGUA